AUGGAUGAGGACGAAGACACCGUCAUGGGAGAGGCAGGCUCCCACCACCCCACCUCUGUUUCUUCACAUCAAUGGCCAAGCAAUGGACCCAGUAGCCAAGGUGCUGGCCAGCUCAAUGGUAGUUCGGAUCCAUCUAUUGCACCGCCACUGCUGGGUCCGACCAUGAAGCUGCCGUUAUCUGUACACUCGGGAGACCCAAGGCCUGAGAACACAGCAUCGGCAGAAGAUCAGGGAGUGUCGCCACCGAAAAGCCUCCCUAAGUCAGACUCCGGUGACGCAACUACUGAAGACUUUGACAAGCAAGAUAGCCUUGUCGAAGACAACUCGGACUGGACUGAUGAGGAUACUGUAGCCCGCACUGGGCUUCCCAUCGCCUCACUCCCUUCGGGGUUAUGCUAUGACGUUCAGAUGCGCUAUCACUGUGAAGUGCGGCCAACAGCGGACGUUCAUCCAGAGGAUCCCAGACGCAUCUACUACAUUUACAAGGAACUUUGUCGAGCAGGACUAGUCGAUGAUCCCGAAUCGUGCCGUCCGCUUGUCUCAAGACCACUGAAGCGCAUCAACGCUCGCAACGCUACUGAAGCGGAGAUAUCGCUUAUUCAUACGCCUGACCAUUUUGCAUUUGUAGAAAGCACCAAAGACAUGUCUGAUGAUGAGCUGAUUGCAUUGGAACACACACGUGACUCGAUAUACUUUAAUAAAUUGACGUUUGCAUCUUCGAUUCUGUCAGUUGGAGGCGCGAUUGAGACAUGCUUGGCUGUCGCAACCCGGAAGGUGAAGAAUGCCAUUGCAGUCAUCCGGCCUCCGGGGCAUCAUGCAGAGCACGACAAAACCAUGGGAUUUUGUCUGUUUAACAAUGUCUCUGUAGCGGCGCGUGUUUGCCAGAACCGACUAGGUGACAGCUGCAGAAAGAUUUUAAUUCUCGACUGGAUGGGAAAUUCUACCCUGGAGGGGAAGAAGGUGACUGGGAUCACUGUGGUGAAGGCCCUGGUGUCGGAAGCGGACGUGUUCAUCUCUAACCAAUGUGAACCAGUUGCCUCUGGGUUUGAUGCGGCUGCAGGCGAUGAGCUUGGAGGAUGUUUCGUUACACCUUCGUGCUACGCUCACAUGACACACAUGCUCAUGACGCUUGCCAAUGGCAAGGUUGCUGUUUGUCUCGAAGGUGGUUAUAACUUCAGGUCUAUCUCCAAGUCAGCACUCGCAGUCACAAAGACACUGAUGGGGGACCCGCCGGACCGGCUUCAUACCACCUCACCUUCAGCCCUGGCCACCACGACUGUCCGGCGUGUGAUGAUGAUUCAGUCUCACUAUUGGCAUUGCAUGUAUCCUAAGGGGCCUCCCCAAGAUGGGCUCUUCACCGAUAGGCUUCAUGAUGUCAUACGCGCCUACCAGUCGAAGCAACUAUACGACAACUACAAGCUCACAUCUCUCUUCAUAUAUCGGACCGCCAUCUCCCGGUCAUUCGAAAAUCAGGUUCUAGCAAGUUCCAAUUAUCACCAAACCGUGCCACUUGUAGUGAUAUUCCACGAUCCGCCUGAGAUCAUGGGCUUGCCCCAUCCAGUCACCAACAAGCUGGAAGCCCAUAACUGCUGGCUGGCUGAUGUCAUGAAGGACUACAUUGGGUGGAUCGUUAGCAAGGGGUAUGCAGUCAUCGAUGUCAACAUCCCUAAGCAUGUGACAAUUGAUCCUUCAUCCGGUAAAUAUGAGGAAGAAGACGAGAAUCGUCCCACGGCUACUGAGGAACUGGCGGGCUACCUGUGGGACAACUAUAUCGAACCAAGCGAGGCCACCGAAAUUUUCUUCAUGGGCGUAGGCAAUGCUUUCUACGGAGUAGCCAACCUACUGAUCAAUCGAGAAACAUUGUAUAAACGAGUGAACAGCGUUGUUUCCUUUGUUGCCGAGAACCCGGUUCGCGCCAUAGCCUCACACACUCAGGUUUGGCUGUCGCGGUGGUACAAAGAUAACUCCCUUGUAUUCGUCUCGCACACGCACGGCGUCUGGAACAACGUCGAAACCCGGCGCAAGCCAUCCAAGCGCUACGGCCAACUCGUCCAGUCUCCCAAAGCCAGUCUGAGUGAGAUGCUCAUGCACCACAAGGAAGAGGUAUACCAAUGGAUAUCCGAGCGUGCGGAUGUGCAGGAUAGCGAGGAGACGGAAGAUGAGAAGAAGCCCAAGUCGAAGAGCCGGUCCCCGACGAAGGAAAACCAGACGGAGCCCCGUUCGGUGCCGGGCUGA